AUCCCAAUUCCAUUCAUUUUAUAUAUAAAUACAAGCAUUUAAUAUCUUGUAAACACAUUUAUUAAUUAUUAAGAUCACAGCUUAUUCCAUGGCGGACAAAGCUCAUCAUCAUAGCUUCCAUGGCCAACUCCCUGGCUUUCGAUUCCACCCAACUGAAGAAGAGCUUCUUGAAUUCUAUCUCAAGCAAAUGGUUUUUGGGAAACGCCGCAAUAGCUUCGAUGUUAUUGGAUUUCUCAACAUUUACCAACACGACCCUUGGGAUUUACCUGAUUUGGCGAAGAAUGGUGAGAGAGAGUGGUAUUUCUUUGUACCAAGAGAUAGAAAGCACGGUGGUUGCGGCGGGGGACGGCCUAAUCGGACGACUGGAAUUGGGUACUGGAAAGCCACGGGGUCGGACAGGAGAAUAUUGAGCUUGUCCGAUCCCAAAAGAUUUAUUGGUUUAAGGAAAACUCUUGUUUUCUACAAAGGAAGAGCUCCUAGAGGAACCAAGACUGAUUGGGUCAUGAACGAGUAUCGUCUUCCUCAUAAUUCCUCUCUUCCAAUAAUGGACAUAGUGCUGUGCAAGAUCUAUAGAAAAGCAACAUCAUUGAAGGUGUUGGAGCAAAGGGCAGUGGAGGAAGAGACAAAGAACUUGCAUAUGAAUAAUAAUGCUACAAUACUAUUAACACCUCCAUUAAUGGGUGAAGAAGAACAAGGUGAUGAUCAAGACUCAUUUUGCACUCAAAACAUUCCAAGGCUGAAUUCAAGUGAAGUAAUGGCAAUGAAAUUAGAAGAGAUAAGUUGUGGGGAAGAUGAAGAAGAAGUCGAUUCAAAGGUGGCCGACGUAGGGUCAUCUUCCUUGUCGUUGUCGACAACAAGCAUACAAAUUCCAAAAGGGUUUGGCAUGCUGACUGAUCUUCAAGUUCCAAAGAUGAACAUGGAUUGGACUCAAGACCAGUUUUGGAACCAAUUCAAUAGUCCAUGGCUUCUCAAUUUCACCACUCCUAGCAAUAUACUUAAUUUCUAAGAACCUAAUUAUUUGUGCUUGAUUUUGUGAACGCAAACUCUAGUUAUAUUGUAUAUAGGUUCUUCUUUCUCUAUGGUUUCUCACUCCUUUUAACUAACUUUGAAAUUGGGUUAGCUUCUUGUUUAUUUCUAUAUAUGAAACAUGAUAUUUUUCA